AUGCCUUUCCUGGGCGACCCCGCCAAGAUCCUGGUGAACGUGGAGGGAGAGUCAGAGCAGCAGGAGGGACAGCCUCCCGAGGAGGGCGGCGCCGAGGGCAAGGUGGAGAAGGCGGAGGACGAGGACGAGGAGGCCAAGAAGGUGCCCAAGAAGAACUUCACCGAGCUCGCCCGCCUCGCCCACGUGGUGCGGGCCAUCGAGCACGAUUCCCAGUGCGUGCCUCGCGGAAGCUACCGCAUGACUCCUGAGCAUGAGCUGAGGCCCAAUCGCAACUUCUACGGCUUGGAUACGGCCACUGCUCGCGCCCAGUCGAACUGGCUGCACUUCCGCUCUCCCAUCACCACUCGUGCGCGGUGGGCGAUCGAGGACGAUAUGGUCGUCUUCAACAGCGGCUUCCUGGACUCCAUCGAGUCUGACAGUCCGGGGGGAAGCUGGACGGUGCAGAUCGAUGCCAAGCAGAGGAAUGCUUCCCUGAGAGCCUGA